UUGAAUCAUUGCCAGUGCUUAUAAAAAUCAUCACCAAAUGACAAAAAUAAGCUAGAUAGUAGUGAAAAAUGGAGGCAGUGAUGCAGAUUUGACAUUAACAGCCGUAACAAUACAAGGGGGUUGGGAGUGCAGGCAACCUAAUCCCUACCCCUGACUCAAAUAAAAUGUCCAAUUCACCAUAUAGAAGAAUCCCAAAUUCAAAACUGAACCCUAACCCUAACCCCAAUCCGAGGUCACUUCCAGCUUCAAAACGGAGCAAAGCUCUAAGCUUACCGGACGUAUGGUUCAAACACCAAUCGCUAAAGCAUGCAACUUUGAAGAUGCAUCUAAGAUCUCUCUCAGCAUCACCUCCUUCUGACACUGAUUUUUCAUUUCUGUCAGGACUUAAAUCUGUAACACUGGACCCUCCAGGGCCCGACCACACCGCCCUCCUCUCUGAUGAGCUCCUCCUCCAAAUUUUCUCCAGGCUUCCAAUCUCUUGUUAUAUCUCUAAUUCUCUUGUCUGUAAGCGCUGGUUGUAUCUUCAUGGCCGCUUGGUACAAUCCCUCAAGCUCACCGACUGGUCCUUUCUUAAGUCGGGUCGAAUAUUUCGCCGCUUCCCCAAUCUCACGGAGAUUGAUAUCGUUAACGCUUGUGUUAGAACCCCUCUUAACUCCGGUAUCUUGGUGACUCAUAAGAAUUUGUCAAUUCAUGUUGGUACCGAAUUUGCGGGGACGGAGUUUAUCGAACCGAUUUAUCUGUUACCAUCGGAUUUAGUUGAUAGUGGGCUUGAAAUGAUUGCCAAAGGAUACCCUAAUUUGAGGAGAAUUUUUGCAAUUGGCGCGAGCGAAACUGGGCUAUCGAGUAUUUCAAAUGAGUGCGACACAUUGCAAGAGUUGCAGUUACAUUGUUGUGGGGAUUUAUCGUUGAAGGGUAUUUCGCGUUGUAGGAAUUUGCAAGUAGUGAAAUUGAUUGGUCGUGUUGAUGAGUUUUAUAAUUCGGUGGUGUCUGACAUUGGUUUGACGAUAUUAGCGCAAGGAUGUAGGCGGUUAGUGAAGCUUGAGCUUUGUGGAUGUGAAGGAAGCUAUGAUGGGAUUAAAGCAAUAGGACAGUGUUGUCAAAUGCUUGAGGAGUUGACUCUCUUUGAUCAUAGGAUGGAUGGUGGGUGGUUGGCUGCACUGUCAUUUUGCGGCAAUUUGAAGACUUUGAGGCUGCAGUCCUGCAAGAGCAUUGAUUCAGACCCAGGUCCCGAUGAGCAUUUGGGAUCCUGUCCUACACUUGAAGAGCUGCAUUUGCAACAGUGUCAGAUGCGGGAUAAGCCAGGGGUGAAGGCUUUGUUUUUAGUUUGUGAGGCAGUCAGGGAGAUUGUUUUGCAGAACUGUUGGGGACUGGAGGAUGAAGUCUUUGCCUUUGCAAGUGUUUGUAGGAGGGUGAAGCUUGUAUCACUAGAAGGAUGUUCAUUGCUGACAACUGGAGGUUUGGAGGCAGUUAUUGUUAAUUGGAAGGAGCUUCAAAGGCUGAAAGUAAUAUCAUGCAACAAGAUCAAGGACAGUGAAAUAAGUCCUGCCCUUGCAUCUCUAUUCUCUGUUCUCAAAGAACUGAAAUGGCGACCAGACUCCAGAUUUCUCCUUUCUUCAUGUCUCGCUGGGACUGGUGUGGGAAGUAAAGGUGGUAGAUUUUUCAAGGGAUUGAAGGGUUGAACCUGGGCUUCAGUUUGGGGAACAUUUUAGUGAUUUACAUCCUGCAAAACGUUUUGGUAGUAUAAAAGUGCUCUUUACAUGUUCUCUGUGGCUAUUUAGAUGAUUAGCAGAGGGGGAUUUGCUAGAGAUUUUCAACAGAGAGCCUGCUAAUGUGGGGCUGCCAUAUGGAUCAUAUCACUAAUCAAGCACCCCCUUUACUUUAUGUGGGUGAUGUGUAAAUCAAGCUAAAAGAGCUGUGCUGAUGUAGUUUAAAGCUAUGUCUGUCUCUUUUCUAACCUUAAACUAGGUUAGAUAUUCUAAUUCAGUUAGUCAUCUGACUUUGUAGGAAUAGUAUGAGUGUAAAUCUCCACUUAUUUCUAAUUAUUUGUAUGACACCUGCCUUUGGAAUAUGAACUUUUACCACAUGUAAUGUUAAAUUAUAGUCAGUUAAAUUUGCAGAUGCAUGAUGCCUGCAUGCACAUGCUAUUACACUUGUUGA